AAAGGCAUAAUAUCUCCUUUGACAUCAAGAAUACAGGAGGUGCAGUUUUACUCCCCUGAUUUUUGUCAAAGCAAUGGUUCGCCACACCCUCUCGCCAUGCUAUAGCAGUCCUGUACAAAUACUUGGCAUUCAGUUUUGAUGGAUUCACAAAGAAUGGCACAGUUCCUUUUUGCAGUCUUGGUGCUUGUUCGUGGUUUCCUUUGUCAAGCACUGAGCAAUGAAGGAAUUUGUCAAACCAAAAAAACAUGCCCUGAAUACUUUUUGAUUGCUACUUCAAACAAGGAUUUUGAAAACCGUCUGUAUGUUGAGACACUUUGGAUUACCACUCCAAUAAAAGGCAAACAAGUCUUUGAUGUGAUGGCUGCACAUAACAGAUUGAAACAUUUCUGUGACAGACAGAAGGCCCAAGGUUAUCCGAUGCCUGAUGGCUGGCCUGUCCUCAUCACGGUCGUUAAAGUUGCAGAUACAAUGAAUGCAAACAUGUCCUGGUUUGUUCCAAAUAAAACAGAAAUGGCUAAAACCAGUGACACGGAUGUGUGGUUACAAACCCGACCUCGGGGUUAUGUUUAUGUCAGAGCAUUUGGAGGAAUGGCAACCUUUGAAGCAAGCAAAGAAAAUGUGGAGAAACUGCAAGACCACUUGACUAAAGCUGGGAAGUCCUUUGUUGCUAACCACUUCUCUGGAGCCAUUUACAAUUCCUCUUGGGCUCUGAACAACUACAAUGAAAUCUGGAUUGCUGCGCCAUAAACAUCCUGCUCCUCAAAUGUGCAUCCUUAACCUGCUGUUGUUCUUCUGAGAAUCCGAAAUCAAGCCCAUGUUAGCCUACCUGAUCAGAGUUUAUGUUUUGUCUCAUUCUCAAUAUCAGACAUGCUAAGAACAGUUUCUAAUCAUCCUUACAUUCCUUAUGAAACAGUUUGUUGUGUCUAUGGUUUGGACAGAUUUUUUUUUCUUCGCACUUAUCAACAGAUCAAAAUAUUCACAUGAACCAAACAACAAGCAAUUCCUACGG